GAAAUAUCUCAAAGUUGUGUCCAAAUAUCAAUCACUUUUUGGUACACUCAGACACACACCACAACACUCCUAUAAAAACCACGCGCCGGAGCUUUUCUCUCCACCGCGUCGCCGCCGCAGACCAUGUCGUCAACCACCACCCCUCACGGUGGAGAUUUCGACACGCCGACACUGGACAUGGAGUCAGCGGAGCUCCUCCAAACCAUAUCGGAGCACGGCGGCUACGCCUACGUGAGAAUGGCAUCGCUGGCGGCGACCGGUGACGUCCGGGCCGCGGAGGCGGCGCUGGAGAUGGCGUGGGAGCAGCUGCACUCAGGUCCGUGGCAGUCGGUGCUUCCGGUGUGGCGCGACGCGUACUCGAUGGCAUGCCUCCACGUGGCAAGGCACCACAACGGUAACGGCGAGUUCAAGGAGGCGCUUAGGGUUCUUGACAUGGGGAUCAUCAUGGGAGGGACGCUCCUCAGAAAGGAUUUGGACUCUGCGAUAGAGAAGGUUUCAGAGAGAGCCAACAGUUCCCGUAGGGUUUCUGAGGGAAGCUUCGAAGAAGGUUCGGUCAACAACUCCGAGCAACGAAGCCUUGUUCAUCCGGAAUUUCAUGUGUCUCAGGUGCUCCAACUUUUACCUAUCAAGUCCCUUUCUUCUAAGAUUGUGGAAAAGAGAUCUGGUUUGUCGCUGGACAAGUUCUUGAAAGAUCAUUACCUGGCUGGUACACCGGUUAUCAUCAGUGAUUGUAUGGUUCACUGGCCGGCCAAGACAAAAUGGAACAACAUAGACUAUUUGCUGAGAGUUGCUGGUGAUCGUACAAUUCCCGUCGAGGUUGGCAAGAACUAUUUAUGUACAGACUGGAAGCAAGAGCUAAUCACAUUUUCAGAGUUGCUUCAGCGUAUAAAAUCCAAUGGUGGUUCUCCAGGGGGUCCUACAUAUCUUGCCCAGCAUCCAUUAUUUGAUCAAAUAAAUGAGCUUCGGAAAGAUAUCUUUAUUCCUGACUAUUGUUUUGCCGGUGGAGGGGAGCUAAGAUCUCUUAAUGCUUGGUUUGGUCCAGCUGGAACAGUAACGCCAUUACACCAUGAUCCACAUCAUAACAUACUAGCUCAGGUUGUUGGGAAGAAGUACGUUAGGCUUUACUCAGCAUCUUUGUCUGAGGAACUUUAUCCCUACUCGGAGACAAUGCGUACCAAUUCCAGCCAGGUUGACUUAGAUGACAUAGAUGAAAGGAAGUUUCCUAAAGUGCAAGACUUGGAAUUUGUAGACUGUAUUUUAGAGGAAGGUGAUAUGUUAUAUAUCCCACCAAAGUGGUGGCACUAUGUGCGGUCCCUAACUACAAGUUUCUCAGUUAGCUUCUGGUGGAGUGAGGGUGAAUGUUCAGAUGCACCCUAAUGUGGCAUCACUUUGAUGUUCUAGAAUUUCAUUCUUUCUUAGUGUAAGAACUGAGCUUGUUCCUCAUGCAUAGACAUUUUUUGGCACUUGGUUCUGGUUCUCAUCUUAAUGAUGAGAAAUAUUUGAACAAUUGACUUUGCAUCAAAUGCUGGGUUGAGUCACCAUUGAAAGAUGCAAAGUGAAUAUGCCUAUCAUUGCACCAAUGAUAUAGUAUUAAAGGACAAACGUGUAAUAGAGGUCCCCAAUUGGGUGUUAUGCACUCUAAUGCCCUUAAAUUAUUGAUCAUGAAAGUGUGUGAAACGCUGUACCAAACCUAAACUAAUCUAAUAUUUUAUUGAUUGACGUUAAGCA